AUGUCCAAUCCUAUCCAUAACCGAGAAAUUAAAGUACUCUCUCUAGAUGGUGAUGGAAGUACCGGGGGCGCUCGAGCACUGGCGCAGAUUGGUAUACUCCGAGAACUCAUAAAAGUCGUCUAUGAGAUCCAGAACGGGCGUAAGCCAUCCGAGGAAGAGCUGGGCGAAAUAAGGCCGCAUACGUAUUUUGAUUUCGUUGUGGGCACUGGGACAGGCGGCAUUCUCGCCUUACAAAUAGGGCGCUUCAGACUGACGCUCGACGAACUGGAGCGAGCAUACAACGAGUUUGCCGAAGAAGUCUACGGUCGUCCAUGGGGAUGGACAUUCGAUGCUUGGCUUUACAGUCGCGGCAUGCGCUACGACUACCGACGAGCGGAGCGUGUGAUACAAGAGCAGGUUACACGCUAUCUGAUUACAGAGGAGAACAGGAUAUGCAAUAUUUGUUCUUGUGAAGGCAAAUAUGUCGAUAUGGCGGAAACUUCCUCGAGAGAGACAGGAAAAUGCCGCGUAGGUCUAACAGCUUUGCCUGCGGACAAUAUUCAAACGCCACGAAUCCUUCGAUCUUACCAAACGUUCAACUCUCUCGACCAUCCUCUCAAGAUCUGGGAGGCUGCACGAGCCACGACAGCCUCGUUUGGCAAGCUUCCUGUGAUUAGGACAGGCGGAGGGCGAUUCUUCAGUGCCGAAUCCGGCUUCAACAACCCUUCACGUUUGGCGCUAGAAGAGCUCCCCAGCGCGUUUAACCACAAUCGUCUCAAGUGCCUGAUCAGCAUCGGAUGUGGUGAAGCACCUUCGAAUGUACUCGCAAAGCCUGGGUUUCAAACGGCUCAGCGCAGCAUCCUACAACACUUCAAAGGCGAGACCCCAGAGGUGCUAAACGCUCUCAGCAACAUGGCUCUCGAUACAGAACAUGUUCACCAGCGGCUCGUUACAGAUGUUAUUCUAGCCCAAAAAUACUUUCGGUUCAAUAUGAGACAGAGUACCAAGCUAUAUACGCUUGGUACAUGGAAUCAGCAGAACAAGAAAGUCGUGGAAGAGAUACUAAACGAGUAUUUGGAAGAAGGUGAGAUUGUGGGUGCUUUGGAAAACGCGGCCCGUUUCAUCAUCUAG